UUCUGGGUAAAAUAUAAGCUUUGCUGGAAUGACACCGACGUUGGACUUCGUCACCCGGUGUAAAACACAUGCCGUCCUAUCCUUGCUCUCUCCUGUUUGGGGCGAAUUUAAUUGAUCCGGGCACACCGCGACCGCCUCUGAGGUGGCUUUCCUUGAAUUCAUAGCGCUAAGCAUCUCGGGCGGGAUUUGUAUUUUUCUUUUUUUGCCCAGGUCAACAUUUUUUUUUCUCCAGAAUUUGUUAUUCAAGGAUAAGCGAUUGGGAAUCCAAAUAAAACCGGAGUAAUUAUCCCUGCAUUGUUGUGGAGGCAGUCGGAGGAGGGAAUGGAUGCAUGCAAGCGAGGAGAGGCGCACCGAGGCAGCUAUCUGACAGAACCAGCUCCUCUGUGAUGCAGCUGUUUAUCCUGGCUGUGGAAAACACAGGACAUCCGGACGACUGCUUUUAAAACGCUAACAGGCGAGAAAUCAUCGGGUAUUUGUUUUUCUGCACGUGUUUGGAUUGCCUAUGAAGAGCGGGGAAAGCCAUGUAGCCAGUCUACUCUCUGCCUUACACACACACACACACACACACACACACACACACACACACACACACACACACACACAUAUAUAUAUAUUUAUAUAUACACACAUACACAUACACACACACACAUACACAGAGAAUACACCACCGCUUUGUUUUUUUUUCUUCAUCAGAUUCCCUUGUUUUCCUCGCCGAGGUGAUUUGUCUUUUUGUUUUCUACCUUCUCAACCGUGAUCUGUGUUUUUCUCUUGACCUGCCCAGUGUUUCUGCUUUUUGUUAAGAGCGUGGAAGCCAAAUAUCAACUCGGUGAUAUUACAGAAGUGUGCGAGGAGGAGAGGACAGCGUUGGCAUCUGUCCAUGCGCGCUCCACACCGGGCUGUUUAUUAUGAAACUGUGACCCCAGCCGAGGAACAACACAUGCUUUCCAUACCUAUACUUUUUCCAAGUGUUUUCACGUAAGCACAGGGUAUUUUGAGGAUAUCCUGGGUAAAAUGCUCUGAAUGUCGGGCUGUCUCUCAGUGACGCAACAUCUCACACAGACUGCAUGAGAAAUACAUGCGUAGAAGGGCGUGAACUUGCAGACACUAACCUCCUUCCCAUUAAUAAAGCAUCUACUUAUCUUUAAAGGCUGUUUGCUCUUUUUGCGACAUUGAUUCAUCUAAACUCAUCCCGGGGACAUAAUGGAUCUCAAAGCGGACUCGGAGGAUAUGGACUACAAGAGACCGGCUCCUAUUGAAGUUUUUGCCAGCAGAUCCACGCUGCAUGGCAUCUCGCACAUGUUCACUUAUGAGCGGAUGUGUAUCAAGCGCAGCCUGUGGAUUUUGUUCUUUCUGGGCUCCGUAGGUGUGCUGGUGAUGGUGUGCGUGGACCGGGUGCAGUUGUACUUCCAGUACCCCCAUGUCACCAAACUGGACGAGGUCGCGGCUCCGAUGAUGGUGUUCCCUUCGGUCACCUUCUGCAACCUCAACUCCUUCCGCUUCAGCCGGGUGACCCGCAACGAUCUGUACCACGCUGGGGAGCUCCUUGCCUUGCUCAACGGCAGGUAUGAGAUCCGGGACCCACACCUGGUGGAGGAAAAUGUCCUGCAGGUCCUGAAGGAGAGGGCUGACUUUGACAACUAUAAGCCCCGCCCCUUCAACAUGCGCGAAUUCUACGACCGAACAGGCCACGACAUCAAGGACAUGCUGCUGUCCUGCUUCUACCGAGGCACGGAGUGCAGCGCUGAAGACUUCAAAGUGAUAUUCACACGCUAUGGAAAAUGCUACACCUUUAAUUCAGGCCAAGAUGGACGACCCCUGUUGGUGACGAUGAAGGGUGGGAUGGGCAAUGGCCUGGAGCUGAUGUUGGACAUUCAGCAGGACGAAUACUUGCCUGUAUGGGGAGAGACUGACGAGACAUCGUUUGAAGCAGGGAUCAAAGUUCAGAUCCACACCCAGGACGAGCCGCCGUUCAUAGACCAGCUGGGCUUCGGUGUGGCGCCCGGGUUUCAGACCUUUGUAUCCUGUCAGGAACAACGGCUGACAUACCUGCCUCCGCCGUGGGGGGACUGCAAGGCCACGCCGAUGGACUCUGAUUUCUUCAGCACUUACAGCAUCACAGCCUGCCGGAUCGACUGUGAGACACGAUACCUGGUGGAGAAUUGCAACUGCAGGAUGGUGCACAUGCCCGGAGAUGCCCCAUAUUGCACCCCAGAGCAGUACAAAGAGUGCGCAGAUCCUGCCUUGGACUUCCUUGUCGAGAGGGAUAAUGACUACUGCGUGUGCGAGACGCCGUGCAACCUGACACGCUACGGCAAAGAGAUGUCCUUUGUCAAGAUACCCAGCAAAGCAUCAGCCAAGUAUCUUGCAAAGAAAUUCAAUAAGACAGAGCAGUACAUAGCUGAUAACAUUCUGGUUCUGGAUAUCUACUUUGAAGCGCUGAACUACGAGACCAUUGAACAAAAGAAAGCCUAUGAAUUGGCAGGCCUUCUGGGUGAUAUUGGAGGUCAGAUGGGCCUUUUCAUUGGAGCCAGCAUCCUCACCAUUCUCGAACUCUUUGACUAUCUAUAUGAGGUGAUCAAGUACAAGCUGUGCCGAUGCGUGAAGAAGAAACACAAAGGCCGCAACAACAAUGACCGGGGAGCUGUGCUGAGCCUGGAUGAUGUGAAACGCCAUGCUCCUUGCGAGAACCUGCGUACACCAUCAACAUAUCCUGGCAACAUGCUACCUCAUCACCCGGGCCAGGGUAACUUUGAAGACUUCACUUGCUGAGCAGACCCGGGUGAAGCAUCAAAGUGUGCGUUAUGCAACCAAAGCCAACCAUACAACAAGAACUAUUCAACACGGGGAGUGCGAGGAACUGAUACUAAGUUUAACAAAAAGGUACUUUUUUCAUAGAAACGAGAACUUUCACCUGAGGCCAAGUGGAGAGGAUAUCCCAAAUAUAAAUAUAUCUGUUAAUUUUCCAGAGAACAAUUCAUGCAGCACUCCAAACUCUUCUGUCUCUGUGUUUUCCUCUGGAAUACUGCCGCAAAGGAUGCUCCUGGAGAAACCUUGCCAACACGGACCUCUCUUCUCUUUCAAAAGACACAAAAAAAAAAAAAAAGUAAAACUAAAUAAGGGAAAAUGUACAGAUAUCUCACCACAAACAGGUGAUCGGAAAAAAAGAGCCCCCAUGCCUUUAUAUAACACAGCAACACACAACGGUUUCACACAACAUCGGCCUGCUAGUGGGACAAAUAUUCAUACUGCUUACUCCACUGUACAUGUAGCAACAUCUGUAACUGUUGCAGCGCUCCAUAAAACGACAGCUGGACUAUGUGUAGUUUGUUUGAGAAUGUAUCUAUGUUCACAAUGAGUGUAGUCGAGUGCGCAGGGAAAUCUUCGGAGGGGGCAGGGUUGUGACGGCAGUGGUAGUGGUAGAGGUGCAUCAUCUACCAUUUAAAAUGUACCGGUGACGAUUUCAGGUCUCAUCAUGUAAAUGCAUGCUUGUAUUUGUCCAGUGCAUGUUUUUUCAUUCCAUUUCUAAUUUGAUUUUUUUUUUAUUUAGAUAUAUAUAAAUAUUAUAAUUACCAAGUUUGCCUCAAUGAUAUACAGGAAAAGCAAGAUGGUACAUCCCAUAUAUUUCUGUGAGGCUAUACAGUGUGUGUGUGUGUGUGUGUGCGUGUGUGUGUGUGUGUGUGUGUGUGUGUGUGCGUGUGUGUGCGUGCAUGUGUGUGUGUGUGUGUGUACUGAUUUCAUUUCAGUUUUUUUCCAUUUUCACAUGUGCCAGAUGAGUUUAGGAGUCUUCAUUCAACUUCAUUUACUCUUAUCUCAACUCUGUGAUGAGGUGAGGUGAAAUUUUUUUUUUUCCAGGAGAGUUGAUUACUGAAAUCCUUGGAGUUUUGUGGGGCUGUUAAAUUUUUUCUGUAUCUGUGUUCUAGUUGCAAAAGUCUUAUCAAAGCACAAUACCGCCAGUAUGUAGAGGUGAUGUAAAAGAAAAUGUACUAUUCUUCUUGAUAUAUUGUCAUAUUAUUAAUAUCGUGUUGAUCCAACUGUUUUUCAGUUGUUUUUUCUUUCAUAUAAAACAUACUCAGUAUUGCCUGAUAAUCCUGUCUCCAUCUUCCAGGUAAUAGGCUGGUCUAUUUAGUUAUCAAAGCAUAAAUAAAAUGUAAAUAACAUUUUGGAAAAUUGUUACUCUUCUGAGGUUUUAUUCCUAUCAGUGAGUUUCCCCUCUGAAGCCUUUGUUUGUCAUUUUGGUUGAAUAGGUAAACAGGCAAAGCAAUGUAUUUUUCAACCCAGAUACUGUGCAAAUGUUCACUUUUAAUCAUGAGUAGCUCUCAGAAAAUCUGAUUAAGGAUUCUGCACUUCAUCUAAGACAUUUUGCUAUCUCUAUUUUCUCCAAUCAACAUGUUAUCUUCUAUUUUGCUUCAUACAACAUUUUCUUGGAAUUAAAUCAGCAUUUAGUGAAGGGUUUCGGGGCCGAAACCUGGUAUUAAACUAGAUAUUGCUUAUCUGCUUCAACCGUUCAUUUGGGCUGCAGCUUAACAGCUGCAAGCAACAACAUUGGUAUUUCGGAACCCCAUACUCUUGAAAUGUAAUUACAGUUUCAGAUGUAUGACAAAAGGAUGGAUGGGAAAUAUCCUGCACAGCCGAUACAAAUUUUAUCAAGAUUGUCAGUCAGCCAGCAGCCGCGCAUUCUGGACGGCUUGUCUCGUAUGCUUCUGUACAUCUGGUGCCGCCAACUGCCACACUUAUAUUAGAAAAGCAGCUUGGUGAUGCAUGACUCUGAAUAUUACAGCCCGGUUAUACGCCCUUAAACAUGAUGGGCCUCAAAAAUCAUGUUUGUUGCUCAGACGGCUGCACAUCAGUCCCCUGCUACUAGACAUAAAGGGUUAUUUUAGGAUGAGACGUUUACUUUUGCCUUGUAAUUUUUUCAUGAUUUCUUUUAGUGGGAAACCAAACAUCGACAUUGUUCAUCAAGUGUGAGCGUGCAUUCAUUUUUUAUUAUUCAGAGGAGAAACCUCAGCUGGUAACCAUGCAUUAAUAUACAAGUGUUAAAGCUCCUGGGAACCAGCUCCAACAUCUGAUGAAGAUUUUUUUCCUGUUUUGAAUGUCUGAAACAUGAUUUUGGCCCCUGAUGGUUUUAUUAUUUUCUGUUGUACCUGCCAAGAAGACAAAUUAAUCAAGAAAUAAAAGAUGAUGCUGUUCA